CGAACUAAAGCUUUGAUCAUUGAUAUCUCUAAGUUCUCUCCGAGUUGCAGUGAUUUCCGAGUUACAGUGAAUGCAUCUUUUAUUCACUAACGUUUCUUUAGGAAGUGACGUCGUUGUGACGCAUCGGAUCUUCUUUUGUCGUGUGGUUGCAGCUUUCACAGCCAUCAAAGAUGACUACAGCUGCAAGACCAACGUUUGAGCCAGCAAGAGGAGGAAGGGGUAAAGGCGAAGGGGACCUGAGUGCCCUGUCCAAACAGUAUUCCAGUCGAGAUCUUCCGGGUCACACAAAGAUCAAAUACAGACAACCUACCCAGGAUGCUCCUGAGGAGGUGCGCGCCAGAGAUUUCCGCAGGGAACUGGAGGAGAGAGAGCGAGUGGCUGCACGUGAAAAAACCAGAGAGAGGGGACCAAGAGAGCAUACGACAUCAUCUUCAUCCUCAUCGUCAUCUUCUUCAAAGAGGCCCAGACUGGAUCAGAUCCCAGCAGCCAACCUUGAUGCAGAUGAUCCUCUGACUGAUGAUGAUGAGGAUGAAGAUUCUGAGGAGGAGAGUGAUGACGAUGACACUGCUGCUCUCCUGGCAGAACUGGAGAAAAUUAAGAAGGAGCGAGCUGAAGAGCAAGAACGCAAAGAGCGUGAGCAGAAGGCAGAGGAGGAGAGGAUUCGUAUGGAGAAUAUCUUGAGUGGAAAUCCAUUGAUUAAUUUAGCCGGACAACAACAAAAGACAAACCAGCCUCCAACUACUUUCAGGGUUAAGAGAAGGUGGGACGAUGAUGUUGUGUUUAAAAACUGUGCCAAAGGAGUGGACGAGGCACGGAAAGAGAAACGCUUUGUGAACGAUACCCUGCGCUCUGAAUUCCACAAGAAAUUUAUGGAGAAAUAUGUAAAGUGAAUGACCUGUUGUGUUUUUGUUUUGUUUUUUUAUCAGAUUUUUGUGCCCAACCCUUCAGUUGUCCUAUGUCCCAAGUAUGGUACACGGGUUUUAAAUCCAUUCUGUACUGAGAUGCAUUUCUUUCUGUGUCGCCAACCGAUAAAGUGCUGUAUAUAAAUGACUUGAUGAGGUGCAUCCAAUAAAGCUCAUUAAAAGUUGA